AUGGAACAGAAUGGUACUAAACAGACACCUUCCUCAAAGUUAAUUCAAACAUAUAUAAAUUGCCUCGAUUCACAAACUCUUAACGAUGAUGAAAAAGAAAUUUUGGAGAUUACUGAUAAAAGAAUAACGCCAACAUUUAAUUAUCCAUUAUUUUUGCGACAACUUUCAUACUUGGAUUUGUAUAUUGGAGUUUCUGCAUGGUUGGAGUGGUAUGAACCACAGGAAGAAAAUUAUCGAGAACAAGUGGCUACUGUGUCCAAAAUAUUAAUUAAUUCUUUUAUGAAUUGUUCCCGUACAUUCCACAAGUUAUCAAUUGAAACGGGCGAAAUGCUUAUGGUUCCAAAUCAUCAUCUUAAUGUUUUCUCACACUUUGGUUCUGAAAUUUGUUUAUCUAAACUUCGACAAUUCAUAUGCAUCGGAGAUUUUGUGAAGACGGAUAUCUUCGCGGGAGCUGCCAGAGUUUGUAAAAAUAUCAAGACAAUGUUCGUUAGUCCAGGUCGAGUUAGCGCUUUGGGAGAAAGGCAUGUUCCUGAGAAACAAUAUGAUUCCCUAAUAAAUCUAAUUAAAGGGCAGAAAGCAAUUGAACAUUUUGUCGCUCAUACUUGCAGUAGACCAAGACGCAUCGUUUCUGCAUUACUAGAAAGUCAAAUUAAUUCUCUGGUUCACGUGGAAUUCGUCAUGGUAAAUUUUACGGAAUGCACCACAUUAAUACCUUUGGCAGAAUCGAAGAAGUUGGAAACGUUAACGUUUGAGGAUUGCUUUGGUCUUGAGAAGGUUUUGGAACCGUUCGUUUCUAGUACAUUAACUCAUUUAAGAAAACUCAACUUUAAAAAAUCUACCGUUAAUGAUGACGUUUUAGCAACUUUGAUAAAAAAUGCGGGAACAACGUUAUCCACAAUAUAUUUAGGACCCAUAGAAAUUAAAGAUCCAUGUAACGCUCAUAUAAUAAUCGAUUUGGUCGCUAGACAUUGUCCGAAUCUUGUAGAUUUUGCGGCAGAGAUUCAAAGGGCAGACUUACCAGAUUUAUUAACAUUGUUGAGUCAUAGUAGGAAUCUGGAAAAGUUGGAAAUUUUUGGAAACGUUCUUCAUGUUGAUAGUUUAUUAGGAAAUUUCUUUUAUCUUUUCCCACCUACCUUAGAACAUUUGAUAAUUAAUGCAGAUUGGCAAUUCUCUUCACAUGAACUUGGAAUUGGAUUAAAGAAUUGUAAAGCUAAGCUGAAAAGUUUACACAUUCCUGAUUGUUUUUCAGUAAGUGAUAGUCAUCUUCGUGUUAUCACCAAAUAUUUAGGUGAUAGUUUGCAGCAUUUGAACGUUAGUUAUGCAUCACCAUCACAAGUAACCGACGAAGGAUUGAGAAAAGCACGCUCAAUUAUUAGUAGAGUUGAUUACGUUUAUAAGGAAGACAGAAAAUAUCCUACAUAUUGGAAUUUAAGAUAUUGGGGCGAAGAAUGGGUUGAGGAACCAAUUAUGGAUCGUACUAUCGAACAAUGGGAUUGGGAGAAUGGUGAGGAAGGAUGGUAUGGAGCAGGUUGGAGAAAAUAA